CGGAAGGUCUACACCUGCCCGCACUGUCCAACUCUCAGUCAGCCGUUCACUAAAAGAGUGCUGCUGGAUCAGCACAUUCAGCUGAUGCACAGAGUCAAAGAUCCAGAGGGGAAUACUGUCAACUCUGAUAAUGUGAAGGCUUCAACUGACAAGAAAACGACCCUUAGCCCCAAAAGGAAGCCAGAAGACGAUGAGGGGUUUCCAGGCUUGAACACAAGGGGCCCCGACUCACAGCCGUUGAAGAGGCUCAAGGUAAACAUCCUUAAAGUUCACAAGUGUGCUGUCUGUGGCAUCACCACUGAGGACAUUGCGGCUUUCCAUGAACACAUUCCCCAGCACAAGUCUGAUGGCUCGUCCUACCAGUGUCAGGAAUGCGGCCUGUGCUACACCUCCCAUCGCUCGCUGGCCCGACACCUCUUUAUCGUCCACCGGCUGAAGGAGCCACAUGGUCUCACUCGAAACAACGGACUGGGCAAGGACGACGAUGAGAGUCGGAGAGAGAACCAGCUAGAUGUUACGGACGAGAACAAUGACGGGACACCAAAUACCAAGUGCAAAGUGUGUGGAAAGACGUUUGAAACGGAGGGAAACCUGAAUACUCACAUGAGGACACAUGGGAUGGCGUUCAUAAAAUCUAAGAGACUGGCUGAGAAGUGAGAGGAACACACUUUGAAACCAUUCCAUCUAAAGCAAACACUAUUGUUUUAAACAUAUACAGUUUGUUAAAUUGUUGCAGACAACCUACAGUAUCUCACUUGGCUGUAGUCAUGCAUAUACAUAAUGUACAUGUAGGGUACUACCAUAUGUAUCCAGUAUACACACAAAGAUAUGUAAUAAAUGUUAAGUAAAUUGAAUAAGAUAGUUUUUUGUACACACAUAGAUGUUUCUAGAGGCCUUGACUAGAUCUUUUUUAUAGAAGAGCUUUUUUAUUUUAAACAGUCUCCAUUGUUGUCUUCUCACUAGGACUAGAUAAUGUAUGAAUAUAUUGUUGUUAUGGGAUUAAUCCUCAUACAGUCAGCAGUGUUAUGAAUUUUCAAUGCUGCUAAUGUCCAACGAAUGUCUGAAAGAUGAAAACAAAUACAUAAAGUAUAUAAAACCACUGGAAGCCUAAGGUUUCCCCAGUAUAAAUAUGUUACCCCUAACUGAGGUCUUCAAUUUCAAGUUGAAAGAUGAAUAGAAGAUUAGCAUAAAACAUUCUUAUUUUGUUUUUAUUUCAUGGAUAACUUAUAUUUCUCUCUGAGCCCGCCUUGGCUUCUUCAACAAACCCUGGCUCUGGUCUCCUUCCACUACAUCAUGAAACUACUGAUCCUAAAACAAAAUCUCUGCAUUCAUUUUGAGCUGAAAUUACAUGUAAUAGCAGAAGAUUGCAGACAAUCAGACAAAGAUGAAGCUUGAUUUCAGCUGUUUCAGCAAACCACCAUGUCGAGUUAUUAUCACUGACAUAUCAAAUACAUACACAAUCAAAAUUAUUAUAAAGCAAAUUUUUUAUAAUUAUCUCAAGCAUUUAACAUCAGAAAAAGGAGUCUUUUAAAGACAAAUAUAUGGGCCAAAUUAGAAUUUUCUUUUAAAAAUAUAUUUUGUAAAGGAUUGUGAAAUUUUUUCAUUCGUGUCUUAAUAUAUAUAUGGCAGCUCUUUGUGAUUACACUCCAAAAAAGUGUAUUUACCUGAAUAUUUUAAAUAUAUGAUACAUAGCACUUGCCUUUUAUUUAACAGUGGUCUUCUUUACAGCAUAGUUCAUCUGUUGUUGCAGCACAAUAAAAAUAAAAUUGUAACGACCCUGUAUUUCAUAAAACAUUAUCAUUUUCUGUCUUGUUUCUUCAGUUCAGUUCUUAAUGAAUGUUCACGAUAGGAAUAACACUGGGGAAAACAUCAUAACUGAAGAAAAAUGUCUACGAAUGUAAACUUGCUGUGAAACUGAAUGAUUUAUACAAGACAACUAGUUUAAUUGAAUGAACAAUAACUGUUUUCCAUUACUUUCUUCGUUCCAAGCAUUUCCAAAAUAUAUCAUUCAGCUUUGGACAGUAGUUUUUCUAUUCCGACAUUAAGACUUUAACUGUUUUGCGCUGUAAAACUGCAUGUGAGAAACAGUCUGUGAAUUGUUUGUUGAAUUGAAUGUGUUUUGCUGCUGCUGCUGUUUUUAGAUAUUUCUGAUGUUGUGUACAAAGCUGUUCUUUAUGUCAAUAAAUAAUAAAACCUGCAGGGGCAAGAUCUGAUGUCGACUUGCACACGAGACAUCAGCUCUUCUCUAAGGAAAUAUGUCAGGAAUCCUCUCCUGAUCGUUCAAACUCAUGCUUUUGCUUAGAGCUGUUUGUGUCAUGGAUCAUUAUUACUAUGAAGGUUGAAGUCUAAAUACUGAAAUUUUGAGAAGAGAAUUGAUAAGAUUUUAUAAAUACCAAUGCCAUUAUCGGUUCUCCUUAAUUCCUUGAUCAAUUUUCUGUGUGGAAAAAAGUAGGCAAGGCCUUGACAGAUUUUCAGCAUCAACGCAACUGUUGUAUUAUAUUAGAGUCUGAACACUGUGUAGAAACAGAGUAGAAAACGGCCCGCAUGUGACUCAGGUGUGCAAAAGCUCCACUGUUUUAACUGCUGUUUAAUUUGGAACCGGUUCUCAACUGGAACCAGUCCUUGAUUAAAGUCUCAAUGGAGGUUUAUA